AUGAAUGAAGUAUGGAGUGUAGAACGUUAUCGGGCCCUUCAGCUUGAUAGCAGAGUCAUCUCGCUAAUUAGCACUUGGAUAUCUCCAGUAAUAAUUACGGAAGAGGACUACAUUUGUGAAGCGUGCUUUGAUGUAUCCAUGCAGUCUAUUAAUGCUCAAAUUCAUGGAAACAAUGAGUGUCAUCCAUCUGCUUGUUCAUCUCGCCUUGGUCAUACUCAAGUGUGCCCCGUUUGUGGUCGAUCAUUGCUCAAUCGUCAAAGUGACCAUAUUCACAAAGAAAACCCAUCAAGCCUCACACUAAGAAUGAUCAACUUAAUUCGAGCUACUGUAGCACCUCGUCAGAUAUCACAAUAUGAUCGUGUAUGUCAUGCCUGUUGGUUGAGGUUUAAAAGACAAGCUCUUUUAACUCAACAACAGGAUGAAAGAAGAGGCUUAGAAGGUGAUGAGACUCCUCACGGUCAAGAAGAAGUGGAACAGCCUGUUGAUGCAGUUCAUGUUCCAGAAUUACAACCUCCCCCGUUUCUUGCAAGUACAGAUGAAAGGGAUUCGUCUGUAGAAUCAGUUGCAGCUCCAGAGCAUCUCAUUGUGCAUUUUAUGGGUGUGAAAAUGAAAAUCUGCAUACUGUGUCAGAUGCACUGCGGGCUACCAUUUUGUGCAACUACAAUUUUUAUAUUCCCAAACUGGCAAGAGUAUGCACAUACCAUUUACAUGGAAACAGUUGGAGUUCCCUUUAUACCAGUGAAAACAGCAUGA